AUGCAUAACCACCCGACGGAACCCCUCAAAACCCUGAUAGACUCUGGCGCAACAUCCAACUUCAUAUCACCCGCCAUAGUCAAAAAAUACAAAAUCCCAAAAACCCAACUCGAAAAUCCACGAGUUGUGAGAAUGUUAGAUGGUACCAUUUCCCAGACUGGUCGCAUAUGGCACCAGGUUCAACUCGCGGUCUCGGCCAAUGGCCAUUUCCACCACAUUCCUUUUCUUGUUUGCCCAAUAGGCAACACACCGGCAAUACUUGGCAUGACAUGGUUAACGGCAGAAGCUCCUCUCAUUGACUGGCAACAGGGACUAAUCACAUUCCCUGAACAAGUUCAAAUUGCCUCCAAGGAAGAAGCAGAUCCAAACCCCUUAGCAGACCUCCCCCCUCAAUACCAUGAGUUUGCUAAGGUCUUUGGCAAAGAAGAGUUUAAGGUCCUCCCUCCACAUAGGGAGUAUGACAUCUCCAUAGACCUUAUCCCAGAUGCCAAACUGUCCCCUGGUCCUAUAUAUGGCAUGACUGACGCAGAAUCAAAAGCACUGAAACAACACAUUGAUGAGGAAUUGGCAACGGGCAAGAUCCGCCCUAGCACUUCCUCCGCAGGCGCCCCGGUUAUGUUUGUCAAAAAGGCAGAUGGAUCCCUUAGAUUGGUGGUUGAUUACAGGAAGCUGAAUGAUGUCACCCAUAAAAACGUCUACCCACUCCCCAGACAGGACGACCUCAUGGCCAAGUUAAGGCAUGCCAAGAUAUUCACUAAGUUGGACUUACGCUGGGGCUACAACAAUGUACGCAUCAAGGAAGGAGACGAAUGGAAAACGGCCUUUAGAACCAAAUACGGCCUCUUUGAAUACCUAGUCAUGCCCUUCGGCCUCACCAACGCCCCUGCAGCGUUCCAACACUUCAUGAACGACCUAUUCCGGGAUCUGAUUGACGUUACCGUGGUAAUAUACCUAGAUGAUAUUCUCAUUUUCUCAGAAGAUCCAGAGUACCACCCGGCUCAUGUCAGAGAAGUGUUGUCACGACUUAUGAAGAACCAGCUUUUCUGCAAGCUAUCAAAAUGUCACUUCCACGUCACAACGGUCGAUUACCUUGGAAUCGUUAUAUCCCCAUCAGGCUUUUCCAUGGACCAGAAGAAGGUAGAGGCAGUCACGUCAUGGCCUCAGCCCAGAACGGUCAAACAAGUCCAGGCAUUUUUAGGCUUUGUCAACUAUCUCCGACGGUUUAUUCCCAACUUCAGCUCUGUCGCACGACCCUUGCAUAACCUCACCAAAAAGGAAACCCCUUGGUCAUGGGGAGACCUAGAGGAAGCAGCCUUCCAAGAGUUAAAGAUCCUAGUUACCCAGUCCCCGGUUCUGAUUCACUCCAACCCCAAGCUUCCCUAUUACCUGGAAACGGACGCGUCAGGAGUAGCUAUGGGUGCCAUCUUAAGCCAAAGAGGCCCAGAUAAUUGGUUACAUCCCAUUGCCUAUAUGUCCAAGUCAUUUUCAGGAGCGGAAGCUAAUUACGACACCCACGAUAAAGAGCUCCUGGCUAUCAUUAAGGCAUUGGAGGAAUGGAGGAUAUUCUUGGAAGCAACGGACAAACCGGUACAAGUGUUCACGGACCAUCGGAAUCUGGAAUACUGGAUGCAGGCACGGACAUUCAACAGAAGGCAUGCGCGAUGGCGUAUUUUCCUGAGCGACUUCAACUUUGAAAUCCACUAUCGCCCCGGGAAACAAUCAGGAAAGCCAGACGCGUUAUCCAGGAGAUCAGAUUACGUAGACGCUCCCCCAGAACCAGAAGUCAUGCUGCCAUCAGAGGUUUUUGCCAACACAUCAGAAGCGGAACUCAAGAUUGUCACAGAAAUCCGAGAGAAGCUGAAGGACGACCCAUCCCUGGAACCCAUCAUCCAGUUCCUGACAGAAGACGCAGACAACGCACCCCCGUCAAUCAGGAAAGCAUAUAGGGAUUAUGAUUGGGAAGAGGACCUACUGUGGUACCAUGGAAAAUUAGUGGUCCCAGAUUCGGAAAUCUUGAAGGAACGCUUGCUUAGAGAAUUCCAUGACUCACCCCUGGCUGGGCACCCUGGACAACAACGUACCCUGGAACUACUAAGUCGUAACUACUGGUGGCCAGGUAUGAAGUCCUCUGCCAAAGAAUGGGUAGAAUGCUGUCCAACAUGUCAGGCCAAUCGCCGAGCCCACGCCCCGGUCAUUACCCUUAAACCCUUGGACGUUCCCCCUUACCCGUUUCACACCAUCUCCUAUGAUUUCAUCACAGGGUUUCCCAAGUCAAACGGCCACGACGCAAUCCUGGUAGUCAUUGACUCCUUCUCAAAGUUCGGGCAUUUUAUCCCAACUACCAAGAAAGUCACAUCCAAAGGCCUAGCGGAUUUAUUCAUCUCACAGGUGUGGAAACUCCACGGAUUGCCGGUUCGAACAAUAUCAGAUAGGGGAACUACGUUCACGGGAAAAUUCCUAAGGGCACUUUACCAACGCCUUGGUGUAAAACCGUCCUUCUCAUCAGCCUACCACCCAGAGUCAGACGGCCAGACGGAAAGGGUAAACCAGUUCAUCGAGUUCUACCUAAGGUCGUAUGUUGCAGCAGACCACUCGGACUGGGCCUCCUGGCUACCAUUAGCAGAGUACGCCUACAACAAUGCAAAACACUCCGCCACCGGGAAAACCCCCUUCGAGUUAGUAUACGGUCGAAAUCCUGUCAUGAACCCAUCAAACGUUCCAGCAAACGUCCCAGAGGCCGACCAUGUAGCAGAUACCCUUGCACAAGAAUGGAAAGAAGCGGAGGCAGCCCUAAGGAUGAGCAAGGAAAGGAUGACGGGAAACAAAGGGACAAUACCGGAAUACUCAAUUGGAGAAAAGGUCUGGCUGGACGGGAAGAACGUGGAGCUGAGAACAAACUCCAACAAGCUAGAUCCCAAAAGACUAGGACCAUUCGAGAUCACGGAAAAGAUCUCCAGUCACGCAUACCGCCUGAAACUUCCAGAAACCCUGAAGAUCCACGAUGUGUUCUAUGUAGGAUUGCUGUCCAAGGCGCACGAAUCCCCAAGUCAACCAUUCCCCGAGAGACCCCCUCCUGAAACAAUAGAAGGGGAAGAAGAGUACGAAGUUGAACAAAUCAUCGACUCAAAACGCCAGAAAGGGAAAUGGUUCUACCUGAUCAAAUGGAAGGGGUACGGCCCGGAAGAUAACUCAUGGGAACCGGAAGAAUUGCUGGAGCAUAGCCAAGAAGAGAUCAAGCGUUUUAACCAAGCUAGACUCAGAAAGGCUCGUGACGCCGCCAAGAGCCUUUAA